AUGUCAACCUCCGGUCUCACGAUUGUGAUCAAGCUAGGGACAAGUUCGAUUGUCGACGAGAAGACCCAUGAGCCAAUCCUCUCAAUUUUGACCUUGAUUGUGGAGACAGUGACCAAGCUACAUAGAGAUGGCCACCGAGUCGUUCUUGUAUCUUCUGGUGCCAUCGGAGUUGGUCUGCGAAGGAUGAAUGUGGACGAAAGACCAACAUACCUACCCCGCAUACAAGCCCUCGCCGCAGUCGGCCAAUGCCGACUGAUGAGUCUUUGGGAUAAUUUAUUCUCGCAUCUCCGUGUUCCAGUGGCCCAGAUUCUUUUGACAAGAAAUGAUAUUGCCGACAGAACCCAAUAUGUCAAUGCACAAAAUACAUUCGAGCAGUUGUUUGAUAUGGGAGUGAUUCCUGUUGUCAACGAAAACGAUACUCUAGCCGUCUCCGAAAUCAAAUUUGGCGACAACGAUACCCUUUCUGCGAUUACGGCGGCUAUGGUCAAGGCCGAUUAUUUGUUCCUGAUGACCGAUGUCGACUGUCUUUAUACAGCGAAUCCCCGAACAAAUCCCGACGCAAGACCCAUCGAGGUUGUGUCCGAUAUCUCUUCUCUCGAAGCCGAUGUCUCAUCGGCAGGUUCCUCGCUCGGUACCGGAGGCAUGAGCACAAAGAUUGUCGCUGCAAAGCUUGGAACUAGUGCUGGUGUCACAACGGUCAUCACUAAAAGCUCAAAACCCGGCAAUGUUCACGAGAUUGUGAAGUAUCUACAGCAUAUAGAGAGCGGGAGCUUAGGCUCAACUCCCUCUCCCCCUCUCCAUACCCGAUUCCUCCGUUCAGAUACUCCAAUACAAUCACGGACGUUCUGGUUGCUUCACGGACUGUACCCGCACGGUACAUUAUACAUUGACCACGGCGCGUACCAGGCACUUUUGAAUAAUGCCAAUCUUCUUCCAGCUGGAGUGGUCGGAGUUGAAGGCCACUUCGGACAGCAGGAAUCAGUGCGGUUGGUCGUUGUUGAUCGGCCGUCUCCAGAUGCCCUGGAUGGUGACUUUAUCCACCACAGAGAGGAACCCAAGGAGGUUGGCCGGGCGCUGGUCAACUACGGGAGCAUUGAAAUCACACACAUCAAAGGCCAUCGCAGCACACAGAUUGAGGCACUACUUGGCUAUUCCGAUAGCGACUAUGUUGCGAUGCGAGAAAACAUCUCGUUCCAUCCCGAGGAUAAUCAUACGGCUACGCCCUUAACACCUGCCUUGGAGGAAUGGAAGUCGCCUUGA